AGCUAAAGUGUAUCUAUUUUUGCCCUUGUUCCCUUAAACAAAAUUAAAGUGUAAUAACUAGGGUUUCUUUUUAAAAAGUUUGAUUUCGCGGUCCUUCUGAACUUGACACAUCUAAUCACAAGCGAGUAGCUUUGGCUGUGGGGCGUUCUUCCUCCUCCUCCGCCCAGUGUUAGGUUUGCAAACGCCGCUCUCAGCGCUCUCUCUUUCCAUCAUUAGCCCUGGACGCCGGCCACCGCAGCUGCCACUCAGAAGCUGAUUGUCAAAGAGAAAACCUCUGGGUCAACUUUCGCUGGGAGAGCUGCAGGUUGCUGGGAGGAGCUCUUCGCGAAUCCUGAAGCUCGCCCAGCCCUCUGCCUCCCAGCCCCAGGGCGGGGGAUUACAGGCAUUGGGAAGCUUUGGUGGCUUUGCAAAAUGACUCUGCGUUUGGUUUGGGCGCUCGCAAGGGGACCCAGCAGAGAGAGCGAACCCCUACACAUCUUCUGAAAAACAGAUUAGAGCGGGAAAACCGGGUUUAGGAGCGGGUCCUACACCUUGGCCUCCCAUCUCCGGUCCGAAUCUUUCCAAAGAGAUCGAGACUUGUGGUGAACUUGGGAAUCAUACAAAAACUAUCUUGAAGCCUGUCCGCCCACCUAACUUCCUUCACCAAGCCAGACGGGCUGCGUCAGGAGGCCCGCAUGGACCAGCGUCUCGGAUUCGAAGGUUUCGAGUCUUACCGUUCUUUCCGGAGAGACUACGCUCCUGGGGAUGACCGCUGUGCGUUGCGGCGAGUGAUGGAGACCCGUAAACCGUCCGCGCUGCUGACCCUGCCGUACUCCCUGAGCACCAAGACCCUGGGCUCUCACGGGACCCUGCCCCGCCUGCCUCUAAGGGACCACCCUUUCGGGGUCUCCUGGCGCCUGGACGCCGCGUGCUGGGAGCCGGUGCCCGGGAUCUGCGCGCGGAGACCGCCGUGUCCACCCCUGCCGCUGGACGGAGCCUUCGAGCCCACCUGCCUGCGGAAGCGCAACGAGCGCGAGCGGCAGCGGGUGCGCUGCGUGAACCAGGGCUACGCGCGCCUCCGAGAACACCUACCCCGCGAGCUGGCCGACCGGCGCCUCAGCAAGGUGGAGACGCUCCGCGCCGCCAUCGGCUACAUCAAGCACCUGCAGGAGCUUCUGGCGCGGCACACUCUGGGCCAGGAGGGCCCGCCCGGUGCCGCCACGCCGCACAGGGCUGAAUGCAACAGUGACGGAGAGUCCAAGGCCUCCUCGGCGCCAUCUCCCUGCAGCGAACCCGACGAAGCGUGCAGCUAGCGGGCCCUGGGAUCCCCGGCCGGGACCCCUGCCCGAAGCAUGCUCGGGAUCUCCCUCUAAGAUUCUCUCUACCAAGGUG